AUGGUUAUACGACCGGCACCUCCUUCGGGUAUGUCGUCAUUAGCUAUUAGGACACCCCUCCGACUCGCAAUCCAUCAUUCGACACGAGCUACAAGGCAAUAUUCCGUACAUACAACCCGAUUACAAUAUCGACCACGCUAUGACGUCUCUAGAUCCCCUCAUAUCCUACCUGCAUCCAUACUAUGCCUCCGCACAUACGCGUCCGAUGCUUCUAAAACUUCCGAGGGAGCUAAAACUGCGCACAAGCUUGAAUCGGAAAGCGACUCUGCCACGAGCGCUGCCAGUUCUCCAGAUGAGCCGCAUUCGCAGAAGAAAGCCUCUUCCAACACACCACCUGACUCGGACUUCGAUUGGGAAGAAAAGCCCAAUUUCCACAUAGAAAAGUUUACGGAGCUUCCUUAUGCAAACUUUGGUGUAAAUCAACAUAUGAUCAUUGAUCGAGAGUACAAAGAAGCCCUUCGUCAGCUAUUAUGGAGAUUUAGAGCUCCGAUCCGAUAUGCCUUUGCGUACGGCUCUGGCGUCUUUCCGCAAUCGACAGGUGGUACAGCUACUGAGGCUCAAAUUAAGGCUGUCCAUCCUAAGGCACCCGUUGCCGUCCAGAGGGCCCAGGAUGGUUCUCCAAAGAUGAUUGAUUUCAUAUUCGGUGUCUCGUAUACGCAGCAUUGGCAUUCCUUAAAUCUCAUGCAACAUCGUGAUCAUUAUUCAAUGCUUGGGUCGUUAGGAUCAGGUGCCGUGUCUUAUGUGCAGGAUAAGAUGGGCGCUGGAGUUUACUUCAAUACUAACGUUACUGUGGAUGGUAUAUUAAUCAAGUAUGGGGUUGUCAAUAUCGAUACUUUGUGCAGGGACCUGAGCGAGUGGGACACGCUAUACCUUGCCGGGCGUCUACAUAAGCCAGUAAAGAUUCUUAGAGAUGAUCCUAGAGUUCGUCUUGCGAAUCAGAUCAACCUCCUAUCAGCAUUGCGGACAGCUCUCCUGCUACUGCCUCCCACCUUUAGCGAACAAGAAUUAUAUGCGACGAUUGCUGGCAUCAGUUAUCUAGGCGACCCACGAAUGACAUUUCCUACUGAGAAUCCAAAAAAGGUCGCGAACAUCGUCAAUCAUAACAUGCUAAACUUCCGACGGCUCUAUGCGCCGCUUGUCGAAUCUCUUCCCAAUGUUGAAUUUGAUGACCCUGCUUGUAGCAAACCCGAUUGGAUCGACAAUACAGACUCUGUAUUAAAGCUACAACAGGAUAUGGACCCUGUAAAACGAGGUAACAUGGUGCGCCGGCUACCAAAAGCCUUCCGCUCCAAGCUAUACUUCGAAUAUCAGAAGAAGUUCCAGAUACCCCAGCUCGAAUUCAACAAAAUGAUGGAAGAGAAAAAGGACGAAGAUGCUGGUUCUUUCAAGAGACAACAAGGCAGUGGCUUCGAACAGCGGAUCGCGCAAGAUGAGCCUGAAGCUCUUCGAAAAAUUAUCCGCGAUGUUAUCAAAAAGACGAUCAGUUGGCCUAGCACUACCCAAAGUAUUAAGGGCGUUCUUACGGCUGGUUUUCGACGAAGUUUCCAUUACUUGAGAGAGAAGAUGGCAAAAUAUCGCGAGGCAAGUAAACCCGAGAAGGAUGGUGAGAAGUCUUCUUAA